UCUCUCUCUCUCUCUCUCUCGUCUAUCCGUACCUACGUCGGUUACGAUCAUGACCUCUAUCCGUCGUCCCUCUUGUCGGGUUUUUCGCUGUCUUCGGCAUGGUCUCACGCUAACAAGCUUGCCCGUCGAAUCUUUUUUAUCGGCCGCGAACUGGGGUGGUACACAAUCCAUCUUGGCGCCAGAUGGACCCCUUCUGGAUAGGCAAGGAAAAAAAUGUGUGGGACGAUUUGCGGAGGGAAUCGAGGAACAAGCGCGCGUCAUUGUCGUUCUCUCUCUGUGUCCCAUUCCAUUGAAUCCAUGAUGUGGUUCUCUUUCUACCCGUCCCGGACGGCGCGAGCUUUGGGGUCCCUUUCGACGCCACGCUAACUUUCCCGUACCCGGCAGACCUGCUCCCAAGCUAGUCCUCGCGAUCCUCCAAUUUCCAUUGUGGUAUUGCUCGGUCCUCCCAGUCGGAUGGGGGAGGGGUGGUGUGUAGGGGGCCUGUAAGUGCGUGUGUCUUUUUGCGGCCAUCGCCAAAUCUGGCUAUGGGAGAAGUCUCUCAUGGAGAAUGUCACUGUCUGCCGUUUUCUACUGCGACAUCAACAUGAAC